AGCCUUCAGAGGCAGAAGGAAAUGCAUCUGGGGGCCCAUUUAGGCACAGGAAGCAUAUGUUUAAAACCACUGAGUGGUGGCCCCUCCCUCGCUGAGCACACUGGCAAUGCUUUGCUCUGCAAGGAUGCACGCUGCAUGCGCUGUCUGCCCUCUGAGGAGCUGAGGAGGGCUUUCCCUUGCAGACCCCAAGUGACAGAGUGGGUGCAGCAGGGACUCCUGGUUUUAUGCUUUGCUUCUCCCUUCUGCUACUGCCCACAGCCACACAGCUCCACCUUCUCUGCAGAGAGCACACGAGGUGCCAGCAAGCCAGGUGCUUUAUCUUCCACUGCCCUGGCGUACUUCGAGGGCACAGCUGGCUCUCCCAACACCAGGAUGUCUCAAGGUGUGACUUACGCUGACCUGAGAUUUGUGAAGGGCCCUGCAGAGGAGAGCCAGCAGGAAGUGCCAGAUGAGGGGCAGCUUACCUAUGAGAACCUCCAAGUGUCCAGGACCUGGUUAGAGGAGGAGAAGACGCCGACGGCCAGCAGACCAGAGGACACAAGAGAGUCAGUGCGUCGGACCUGGUUUGCAGCCCUGCCGGUGCUGGGCACCUGCCUCUUCCUUCUAGCCACCACCAUAGGACUCGGGGCCCGAUAUGGGCAGGUCUCCCAGCAGCUCCGCCAGGAAUCCCAAGGCCAUGCAGCACAGAGCAGCCUCUUGGCACAGAGCACCAAGGCCACAGAGCAGAGCUUGGCCCGUUCGCAGCAGCGGCUGCAGGAGGCGGAAAGAGAACUCAGCACCACCCGUGUGGCCCUGGAGGAGAGCUGGAGGGCUGGGAACAGAACUCAGCAGCGACUGGAAGAAGAAGUGAGGCGAGGCAACAGCAGCCUGGCUGGCAUGAAGCAGGAGAAAGAGGAGGCGGAGAGGGAGCUGGAGCAGGCCAGAUCUUGCCAGCAGAUGGGCUGCUGCCCUUCUGGAUGGAAGCUCUUCAGGUGGAAAUGCAUGUGGAUUGCAGAAGCAGAGAAGACAUGGCAGGAAAGCAAGGAAGACUGUGAAAGAAAAUCAUCCCAGCUGCUCAUCUCAAAAGAGCCCUGGGAUGCGGCUACACUAUGGAGCUAUCUGCAAGCAGACGAAUACUGGAUUGGACUUCGUAAGUCCUGGCAGCAGGUCCCUUGGUUUUGGGUUGACGGGUCACGCUAUGAAGGAACUGAGAAACUUCCCAAUUAUUACAGCAGCACCUGUGUAAAGAUAAAGGAUGGGAUCCUGAAACACAGCGGAUGCUCUACAAAGUACAGAUAUAUCUGUGAGAAGGCAGCCAGCCCAGCACAGCCUGGUCAAUAGGCCCAAAGUAAGUGCAAAGCCGCCAAACCCCACAAGACCUUCUUGGAAGGAUCAGGCACGGCUUCGUUCAGCAAUCCAGUCCCCCCACACUGUAAGCUGUUGCGGGAUCAAUUGUGUCGAUUUGUGCAGCCAAUGGUAAAAACAACUGUCUCUUUUGUUUUUUAUUUAGAGCAAGCAAUAUUUUCGGCUUUUGAUACUACUGAAUGAUAAAGAACAGUUAGAGCUUUCCACUUUUAAGUAUUUGUGAAAACAUCAAAACCUAGGCCACAGCCCUAUAUCCAGUGAAAGACAGUGUGGUGAAGUGGUUAGUGUUGGACUAGGACUCAGAAUUGUCUGCCACCCCCAAUCUUCAUAGAAUCAUAGAAUAGUAGAGUUGGAAGGGGCCUAUAAGGCCAUCAGGUCCAACCCCCUGCUCAGUGCAGGAAUCCAGCUUAAAGCAUUCCCGACAGAUGGCUGUCCAGCUGCCCCUUGAAUGCCUCCAGUGUCGGAGAGCCCACUAUCUCUCUAGGUAAUUGGUUCCAUUGGCGUAUGGCUCUCUUAGGUUUUUCCUGAUGUUCAGCUGAAAUCUGGCUUCCUGCAACUUGAGCCCACUAUUCCGUGUCCUGUUCUCUGGGAUGAUCGAGAACAGAUCCUGUCCCUCCUCUAUGUGACAACCUUUCAUGUACUUGAAGAGUGCUCUCAUAUCUCCCCUCAGUCUUCUCCAGGCUAAACAUGCCCAGUUCUUUCAGUCUCUCCUCAUAGGGCUUUGUUUCCAGUCCCCUGAUCAUCUUUAGUGCCCUGCUCUGAACUUGUUCCAGUUUGUCUGCAUCCUUCUUAAAGCGCCGUGUCCAGAGCUCCCAGUACCUGGGAGAUGGCCAAGGUUCAAGUUCCCAUUCAGCCAUAAAGCUCACUGGGUGACCUUGGGUCAGUCACUGUUUCUCAGCCUAACCUACCUCACAGGAUUGUUGUGAGGAUAGCCACAUACACCACCUUGAGCUCCUUGGAGAAAAGGUGGGCUAGAAACGCAAUCAAAAAUAAAUAAAGGCAGCUUCCCAACCACCCUCUCCCUCACCAGGCAGGCAAUGUCUGGGUGUGUUUGCAUGAACCCCCCAACAUCACUCCUGCUUUUGAUAUCCACGUUUCUCAUGCGCCCAAGUUGAUCCUAAAAGCAGGAGAGGGCUUCAGGGUGCCCCCCCUCAGGUGAAGAAAGAAGGAGGGGGAGGGGGAAGAGCAGAGCGAACUCGGCAGCUCCCGCGGCGGUUUUCCUUGUAGCUCCAGACCUCUCCCAACGCCGCCACCUGUUCUGCACCCAAAUUGGGCAACCCAAGCCAUCAGGGACUGAACCUCCAUGCUGAGAAGCAGCUCUCCUAUUCCACGAUAGGACCUCCCCGAGUGAAGAAAGCUGCUCCUCCAGUGACUGAAACCCUGCCUGAUUUCAAAGAGAUAAAACUGCUGGCAGCCAUUCAGAGGAAACUUAGUUCCCUGCAAGGGCUAGCAAAACAGGAAAGGAAAAAAGCCCCCACGCCCAUCUAGGUAGCGGGCUCUCCUUCAUUAGAGGCCUUUAAGCAGAGGCUGUGGCCCUUAGCGCUGGAUUUCCUGCUCUCAGGUCCCCUCCUAACUUUAGGAUUCCGAGUUUCAAGAUUAUGAUUUACGUCAGAGGUGAUGGGAACGGG